AAUGAUCCAAAACACAGAAGCAACCCAAAAACAGAAUGGCUUCAGAAGAAGAAAAUACGAGUUCUGGAGGGGCCCGGUCAAAGUUCUGACCUCAACCUGAUGGAGAUGCUGUGGCAUGAGCCCAAGAGCACAGAGAUUCACAGCAGACAUCUCCGAAAUCUUGAACUGCAACAGUUUUGGAUAGAGAAAUGGUCAACAAUGUAUCGUGAUAAUCGUGCACGUCUGAUCUGCAACUACAGGAAACGUUCGCUUGAGGUCAUUGCUGCCAAAGGAGGGUCAAGGGUCAACCAACCAGUUAUUCAAGCCAAGGGAGGCUUGGAGGACGUCGAAGCUCUCUCAAGCGUGCGUUCCGAGCUAAUACACACUGGAAGCAUGAGCAGUCAGUCAACAGGGGGAGAAGCCGAAGCCAUGCAGGCGCGCUACUCCGUCUCCAGCCCGAACUCCCUCGGCGUCGUGCCGUACAUCGGCGGCGACCCGGGCUACUACCGAGCCGCGGCCGGCGGGGGAUACGCGGGCAUGCCCGCGCCCAUGAACAUGUACGGCCACGCCGCGCACGAGCAGUACCCGGCCGGGAUGGCGCGCGCCUACGGACCGUACGCCCCUCAGCCGCAGCCCAAGGAUAUGGUCAAGCCGCCGUACAGCUACAUCGCGCUCAUCACCAUGGCCAUCCAGAACUCGCCCGACAAGAAGGUGACCCUCAACGGGAUUUACCAGUUCAUCAUGGAGCGCUUCCCUUUCUACCGGGACAACAAGCAAGGCUGGCAGAACAGCAUCCGCCACAACUUGUCUCUCAACGAGUGCUUCGUCAAAGUGCCGCGCGACGACAAGAAACCCGGCAAGGGCAGCUACUGGACCCUGGACCCGGACUCGUACAACAUGUUCGAGAACGGCAGCUUCCUGCGCAGGCGGCGGCGCUUCAAGAAGAAGGACGUGCUGAAGGAGAAAGAGGACCGGCUGCAGAAGGACGCGCCGGCCCGCCAGCAGCAGCAGCAGCAGCAGCAGCAGCCGCAGCAGGAGCAGGCCGGCUCGCAACCCGUCCGCAUCCAGGAUAUUAAGACGGAGAACGGCACCGUGACGCCCCCGCAGGCCGACUCGCCGUCCUUGAGCGCCGUGCCCAAGAUCGAGAGCCCGGACAGCAGCAGCAUGUCCAGCGGGAGCCCGCACGGCAGCAUCCCGUCCAACCGCUCCAUGGUGGCCAUGGAGGCCCCGGAGCAGCAGCAGCAGCAGCAGCACCACCGCCAGCAGCAGCAGCAGCAGCAGCAGCAGCAGCAGCACCACCACGGCCAGGCCUCGGCGCAGGGCUUCAGCGUAGACAAUAUCAUGACCUCCCUGCGGGGGUCCCCGCAAGGGGCUCCCGAGCCGCCCCCCGCGAGGACAGGCAUCGCCCCGUCGUUGACGCUCAGCUACUCGCCGAGUCAGACGUCCGCGUACAGCUCCGCCUGCAACCAGAACUCCAUCUCCGCUACCUCCAACGCCACCUACCAUUGCAACAUGCAGGCCAUGAGCUUGUACGCCGGCGAGCGGGCGGGCCACCUGGCCGCACCCGGCGCCGCCGUGCAGGACGAGACCCUGCCCGACUACGCGGUCACCGCCGCCGCGUCCUCCCUGCAGGGCCACGGCGGCCUCAACUCGGGCCAGGAGGGCCACGCGCACGCCCACCAGGGCAGGCUGACCUCGUGGUACCUCAACCAGGCCGGGGACCUGGGCCACCUGGGCGCGGCCUACCCGGCGGCGCAGCAGCAGAACUUCCACGCGGUGCGAGAGAUGUUCGAGUCCCAGAGAAUCGGCUUGAACAACUCGCCGGUCAACGGGAAUAACAGCUGCCAGAUGUCCUUCCCGCCGGGCCAGUCCAUCUAUCGCACUUCGGGAGCUUUUGUCUAUGACUGCAGCAAGUUCUGAUUCCAACAAGCAAACACAACAACAACAACAACAACAACAACAACAACAACCUGAUCGUGAAGUCCCGAAGUCCCAUUCAGCGCCCCCCCCCGCCAAAUCAAUCCUUCACCAUCCUCACCAAAAUGGACAGAACGCAAACAAACAAACAAACAAACAAAAAAACCACCAUGUUUCUAAACAGUGUUACCGCAAAUAACACGUAAGUCUCUCUCUCUCUUUUUUUUUGCUUAAUAUGUACAAAAAAAAAAAAAAAUGUCUCUUUUUUUUUUUCAUUUUUCAUGGACGUGUAACUUGCAUAUAGUAAUUUAUUUCCAAACUGUAGCCAGGAUAUUAUGGACCAAACACACGCACACACACACACACACACACACACACACACACACACACACACACGCAACAGUGUUUCCUAAACUGAAUUACUAAAAAAACAAAAAAAAACAACAACAAAAAAAAAGUGUUCCAUUAUAAAAGUGACUGAAGGAACGUGUAUAUCGCCGUAUACUAUUUGAAAGAUUCAUCAUAUGUUGAGAAGUAUUUUUAUUUUAUUAUUAUUAUUAUAUUUUUUUUUUGAAGGAUUUUUGCUUGUUUGUUUAAUAAAUGGUCAUUUUAUGUGA